CGUAAAACACGCCUCACAUAUCGAAAUAAUAUUUUAAAUACCGUAAUUUAAUAUACAUAAUCGAAAAGCAAUAUGUUUGUCCUGUCGCACUCCGUCAUCUCUGUGUUCACUCUUACUGUACUCUUGAAUGUAUUUUACAUUGUUCCCACUCAAUCGCUGCAUUCCUCAUCUGCCUUCAAGACUUGUCAGGAAUGCAUAGCAUCUGCUUGCCACAAGGAUUCGGAUCUUCCGUGCGUUCCCUGUGACGACGGUGUUUCUACGUUAUGUAUCAGAUGUGAUAAAAAAACUAUGGACGGUGAUCAACAGUUCUAUUCUCAACAAGAUUGCGAGAAAUCAUGUGCGGACAAGGCAAAGUGCACGUGCGACGGUUCGUGUUAUGUGUGCGUGGAAAAAGGUAACGCACCGUCAAUGACAUGCGACGAGCUAAGCAAGGCGUACGAUGAAUCAUGCAAUUUGAUUCCCUACACUCCUAAAUGAGGUUAGGUAAGUAAAAUUUAGCUAUAAUUAUAUUAUA